AUGGCCAGUUGUCCUCCGUCUAUUAAUGGAAAAUGUAGGAAUGUGAUAGAAAUUAAUAACGAUGCCAUCGUACAAUUACGAUUUUACGAUAUGGACAUUAAUCACUGGAGUUGGUCUCUAGAAAAUAAUUGGAGGUUGGCUUUAAAAGCAAGUUUAAAUAACUGUAUUAAUAAGAAAGAAAGAAUUUGCCGGCCAUUGACAGUAAUAAGCUCUUCAUCUUCAACUCGUGCUUAUCAAUUUCGAGAUAGAGAUAUCAACAUCACAACACUAUAUCAAAGCACUAAUGAUAGCGUGAAUGAUGUGAUAGUGCUGCUAUAUCUGGAACAGACUGCAAUAUCAAAUAGUAGCUAUAGGGUAUUCCUAUAUAAAGAUGUUCUUAUUGAUGUAAUUAAUAAUAAAGCAACAGUCCUACAACAAGAAGCCAAGAUCAAAUAUUCAUUUGUUGCCCAAAAUGUUGGGGAUCCUAGACCAUCACCGCCAACUCUUCCCAGUUGGCUGAUAGUUAUGAUAGCAUCUUAUAUUUUCUUCUUUCUGAUAAUUAUGUUUCUAAUGGCGAAAUGGCUUCGAACAUGGAGAAUAAAAAAAAGUGGUAAAAAAAUACACGAUUUAGAGACGGCAUCAAUAGAAAAAAUUGGUAACGGAAUUGCUAUUAGGAAAGAAGAAGAAGAUGAAGAAGAUAGUAAUAAUAUUAAUAAUGAUAAAGAAGAAGAAGAGAAAGAAGAAGAGAAAGAAGAAGAGAAAGAAAAAGGAAAAGAAGAAGAAAAGAGACAGCAGCAAGAGCGCCAGCAUCAGCCGUCAUCGUUACGGCGAAAAGCAGCAUUUGAAGAUUUACAAGAUGGCGAUCUCUCUGUACCGACUGAGAUUGUAUUAAAUGGAUGCAGUAGGAGAGUAUCAUCUAUACCUGAAAUGGAUGAAGAAGACAAUCCAGAAACAACAGCAGAAGUAUAUCAGUAUGAAUCUAAUAGCAGAAAGCAAUCAAUAGAUAGUAAGGGUAAUAUGGAAUCAAUGAAAGAAGAUCAGGAAGGCUUUCGAAUUGAACAAAUUGAGGAAAAUGAUAGUGAUACUCAGUUAGAAUUGAAAGACAUUAACGAAUUGAUGACUGAAAACACUGAUUUAUGUAAUGAUGCAGAAGAUAUUAACGACAAAAGUAAGUCUUCAUCGUGUUCAACUCACGAAUGCGGCCAAUCAUCCAGUUUUGAUCCUAAAGAUAUUGAGGAAAAGAGCGAAAUAAAUGGUCGAAAUCGAACAUUAACUGGUGGAUCUAAGGAUGUUGAGACAAAAGUUAGUCAAUUAAGACGUGGAAGCUUGCCUAUUGGCAAAGUUUUACAUGAGCUGCGAUCCAAGUUAAGUGUUAAACGUCGGCAUGGCAGAGAUGGAAAACAUAAGGGUACGACAUUUCAACCGAUGUUUCGAAAACUAGAUGGAAAUGGUAACAGUACGGAAUAUCCUACUUUAUACUUUUCCGGAAGACGUUCAAUGUCGGUAAUGAAUGAAGACUGCGUUUCCAUGGAAUCUAAAGUAUCGUAA